AUGGUGACUGGAGCGAUGGCCGAGCCUGUCAAACCAGUUAAUACAUUGGAGCCAUUCAAGUAUUCCACGUUUCCUUUGGGCUCCAUUAAAGCUACCGGCUGGCUUCAGGACCAGCUCGUCCUAGAAGCCAAUGGACUUGCUGGCCAUUUGUUUGAGUUUUAUCGCUAUGUCGCAAACUCAACCUGGGUCGGGGGAACGUAUGAAUACAGCGAACUACAUGAAUCUGCGCCUUAUUGGUUCAAUUACAUUGUUCCUCUGGCAUUCACUCUGGAUGACCCACGUUUGAAAAACCAGGCCCAACAGUUUUUGGACUAUGCCAUUGAUCAUCAAGCGGCCGACGGCUGGUUGGGACCGGAGACCACACGGCAGACACGGGGAAUAUGGGCUCGGAGUCUGCUGUAUUUCGCUUUAAUGCAAUAUGCCGAAGCCGAUUCAGCCCAGACAGAUCGCAUCGUCACUGCAAUGCACAAGUUUACCAUUCUAGCAAAUUCCAUGCUGAAGAACAAUUUCACUGGUCUUAUCCAGCAAAAGUCUGAGGAAGACGACUUUGACCCCUUCGGAUUCGGACUCUCUCGAACACACGAGCUCCCUUUGGCGCUACAGUGGCUCUACGAGAAUCAUCCUCGAAACAACUCAGAGGUGAUCUGGGAGACAAUGAAUCUGAUGUUUGCUGGUGGACGACAGGGAGGCCGUGACUGGACAACUUUCUUUGUUGAGGGGGUUUUCCCUACCUUGGGAACACCGUAUAUCAAGACCAGUGGUUUUACUCAUGGUGUGAAUCUGGCCGAAGGACUUCGCUAUCCGACUGUCCUGUAUAGAAUGAACCACAAUGACUCGUUGCUGGAGCAGACGAUGAAUGCUGUCAACUGGACCUAUCUUUACCAAUCAACAAGAGCGGGGAGCAUCACUGCGGAUGAACAUCUCGGUGGCUUGAGCCCACAAAGAGGAUCGGAAACCUGUAUGGCAGUGGAAAUGAUGUUCUCUAUGAGCUACCUCUUCCGAUUCCACGGUGUCAACCGCUUCGCAGACAAUGCCGAGCGCGCUGCCUUCAAUGCUUUCCCAGCGGCACUAACUCCUGACUGGUGGGCACACCAAUACGUUCAACAGACAAACCAGCCCUGGUCUCGGAACUUGACGGCAAAGCCAUACUUCAACGUCGUCUCCUACGGGAACACUUUCGGUCUAGAGCCUAACUUCCCUUGCUGCACUGUGAAUCAUGGCCAGGGAUAUCCUAAAUAUGUGGCUUCCUCGUACGUGCGCGAGAAGGAAGACCAUAUUAUCCAUGCCCUGCUAGGACCUGCUACUUUGCACACCAGCGUCAAUGGUAAGAAUGUCAUCAUAUCGUGCAAGACUAACUAUCCUUUCUCUGGAAAGUUGGUCUACUCGAUCAUCUCAGCCACGGACAUGGAAUUCUCAGUUCGAAUCCCUGCGUGGACGAACAGUACAAAACAAAACUCCUACUCUCUCAAUGGGGCAAAGCCAAAGCCUCUCACGCAAGAUUCCGCAGGACUACAAACCAUCGCCAUUAAGAAGGGUGAGACCGAUCUGGAAAUCAACCUCGAGAUGUCAGUUCAAAUCACCGAGCCGCGCAACGGAUCGGUAGCAGUACACUACGGACCAUUACUCUACGCCCUGGACAUCGAAUUCGCCAACGCAUCGUAUCACAGCCCCCUCAACUGGACAGAUCGUACACCACUUCCAAGUGAUCAGAUCACGCCAGAAACACACGACUGGGUUUUAGAUCCGACGUCGGAAUGGCGCUACGCCAUCGAUCCUGCGACCGUGACCGUUGAGCAGCUGCAUCAUCCGGAUAAAGACCUCCCAAACCCGAUCUGGACGCGCAGCGCGGUACCAGUGGCCCUUUGGGUAGAUGGGUGGUUGAUUAAUGGGAACGAGCAGACUGGGACUGCGGCUGUUCCACCGCAGAAUCCUGUUGUUACUGGUGAGCCGACGAAAAUCCGGCUGAUUCCGUAUGGCGCUGCUAAGUUGCGUAUUGCGGACUUUCCUGUUGCUCAAAGAGUAGCGUAA